CUCUUUUCCAUUUCGACGUCGAUACUUCACGCAGACUGCUAUUGUGUUGCCAAGAGCCUCACAAUCCCCGUCGUUACAUUCGUUUGUCCAUAUCCGAUCCAUCGACCUCAGCGACUCACAACAAACAAAGCCCCAGCAUUUCGACAGUUCACGCAAGGCACAUACCAGUACAGCCCCUCGCGACACAACAUCACCACGCGCGCCAUUUGCACAGCACAGCACAGCACAGCACAGCACGAGCUUCACUUCUCGUACCCAAACACCACCAAACAGUAUCGCCUCGUGCGGGCGAGCACGCGAAACACGCUUCUGACAGACUGUGUCUUCGUCGCUGUGCGCGAAGAAGAGUGGGAUUCGUAGCUGCGCCGGUACCGCAGUCUCCAACAUCACUUCCAUUCCGCCUGGAGCGAGUACUGUAUCGCUAUCGCUACCAUGAUCGCCCUCACCACCACCCUUUCCGCUCUGGCCUUCGCAGGCAAUGUCGCCGCUUUCUGGCGCAUGCCAUGUCGCUCCGCCACCGGUAUUGCGCGUAUGGAUCCAUUGGUCGCGCCCAAUGACGUUGCCGACCAUUCUCACAUCAUUUUUGGAGGCGGCAACUUCGGCCUGAACACAACCUUUGACAACCUUGCCAAGUGCACAAACCCAGAGCACAACUGCACGUCGUGCGAAGUCACUCAGGACAAGUCCGCUUACUGGACUCCACCAAUCUACUUCCAGCAUGAGAAUGGCACUGUUGAGAUGGUUCCCAAUGUCGGCGGUAUGCUUGCAUACUACCUCUUUUACCUCGACAACGUUGAGCCAUUCCCCGAGGGUUUCGCCAUGAUUGCUGGAAACCCAACCUACCGCAACUUUAGUGGUACAUUCCCAGAUGAGGAAUUGAGCAAGUGGCCAACAUACCCGAGCGACCAGUUCUUCCUGCAGCAACGCGCUAUUGGUUUCAAUUGCUUGAACUACGCCAAGGACCCAGAAGCUUCCCUUUACCGCCACCAAUUCCCAAAGAAGGAUGAGAUGGACGCCAACUGCCUUGACGGUAUCCGUAUGGAGAUGGCUUUCCCAUCUUGCGGUACUGGCGAGCUCGACUCUCCCGAUCACCGAUCCCACGUCGCCUAUCCAUCGCUCGUCAAGGAGGGUAACUGCCCAGACGGCUACGACCACCACUACCCAUUCCUCUUCUACGAGACCAUCUACGCCACCCAGAACUUCGCUGGCAUGCCUGGUCAAUUCCUGAUCUCCACCGGUGACCCAGUCGGCACCAGCUACCACGCCGAUUUCAUCAUGGGCUGGGAGUCUUCAGAGUUCCUUGGCAAGGCUAUCAAGACCUGCACCAGCGAGACUGGACUGAUUGGCGACUGCCCGCUCUUCAACAUCCAGGACGACUCCGAGGCCGCUCAGUGCACCUUCCAAACUCCAGACUCAUUCGAGAAGGAGGACUGCGAGGGACCAAUGGAGGGCCUCCCCGUCGGCGUUCCAAUUCAAUACGGUCCAGAGCCAGCCACCAAGUACCCAGUCCAGGGCGCCCGCGGUGUGAAGACCUCGUCUCUGCCACAUACCUCUGCCCCUGCUACCUUCACCCAACCGUCGCUGGGCUACUCUCCAGUCAACCCAGCAAGCACCUCGACUGCUCAGGGUGGCAUCAUUGUCGCCUACGCAUCAUCAAGUAGCUCUGCCGCCCCAGCCAUCACGUCAGCUCCAGCCUAUGCUCCACCAGCUGACGACGAUGUCACCACCACCUACAUCACCAAGGGCCAUGAAGUCAUCGAGAUGGUCAUUGAGGAGCUCGAAGUCACAGUCACCGCCUCCCCAUCGGAACCGGCUGGCUACGCCCACAAGCACAAGAGACAUCUCGAGAAGCAUGCCAAGCGCCACAACAACCACUAAGAUACCCUCCAUUUCCGAGUCACAUGACGCAUUUUCAUAGCACGAGUGGCAAUAUUGGCGGCGUGGUGGAUGUCAAUUUCCAUCGGCUUAUCCAACAAGGUUGGAUAAGAUUUGUUAGCAGCGGCGAACCAGCAGGCUGGUCAUUGCGAGUCACUUUGUGUAUCAUAACAGAUUUCACGAGCCCACGAUGGUGUGAUGAGGCCGAUGCCAUUCACCACGAAAAGCAUAAGAUAUCAUCCAGGCAAAGACUGCCACAAGCUGAGGGACAGCAAGCUUGAUUCGCCCUUUGCAGAAUCGAAUCGACUUUUUUCAUCGCG